AUUUUCAGACCAUUGAAUGGUAAUCCAUAGUUCAUCACACAACAUAAUAAUGGUGUUUUGGGAUAUUUAGAAGUCUGGCAUGACCUGCUAAUCUGUCCAAAAUUAUCAUCUUAAUUUAUUCAUCGUCUUCAUUCAUUGCUGAUCACGUGAUUACAGUCUAGAGGAGUAUUUGAGGUCACGGGUAAUACAUAAUUACAUUGUGAUGCUGUUAAACAGCUGAACUAACGUUCGUAGUCAAGUUUUCUUCAAAUUCAUCACUUGUGCUGGUAGCGAGAGAAAUUGUUAUUCAAUUAAUUGGUCUUUUCAGUUUUGUCUACUGUUAGCUUUUAUCAUCGACAUUAUUCACCAAAUUAGCUAAUCAAAAGCAUCGUUAAAACCUUCUCAAAGUGAGGAGGUGAAACUGAAGACCUUGUUAUAUAGUUGUUAUAUCAGAGAAGUUACCUAAUUUUUGAUUUACAACUGAAGUAAGUUACAUAAUCGCGAGCAACCAGAGUUACUUAAUCAAUCAUGAAAGGGGAGAAAAGAGUGAAAUACCACCGGGAGUUGAAUGUAGUUACGUUCGUAUUGGCGCUGUUCGAAUGUCUCUGCUUCGCUGGCAUUAUAUUCGGCUGGUUCAGCAUUCGGCCAGUGUUAGAGCAAGAAGGCUUUUUUGGAGCUCAGACACACGAAAAAGCCAUUUCUAUCAGUAAAAUGAUGGAUAAAAUGGGGUCAGGAGAAAAAAAUGCGAAUGAAACAAUAAACGGACCGAACGAAGUCCCUGAUCCAAUAGCGACACAGAAUGAUACGUCUGAAAAUGCAGAUCCAAAUAAGACUUCAGAAUGUAUUCUUGGAUCUUCAUCUAAUUCAAGCUCAAAUAUGGCAGACAGUAACGCCCAGUUCAAUCUCGUGUUCACAGUGUCCUCCUCUGCUCUCAACUACUCCUCACUUCUAACUGGCUUCCUUCUGGACAAGUUUGGAACUCUGGUGUCCAAACUACUCGCCAGGUAUACUAUUAAUUACUUCAAAAAAUAA